AUGUCCAUCACAAACGGCCAGCCCGCCUGGCAGCCUCCUCACUUGCAGCACACAAACAGCAAUAGAAGCCUGACACAUCUUGACGAUGUUCCGGCGCGCACACAGACACCCAUUGAUAAUUCCAGUGUGCUGAUGCCUGAGGCACAACCUGAUAUAGAGGACGAGAAUCGACGCGCCCUAUUCGCGGAUUUAUAUCGCCAGACCGAGGACAAGGUCGCGCUAUUGUUUUCCGAAGAUGGCUCGUAUAACUAUCCCGCGAUUGCCGCUCUUCGACGUUCUCCGCCCCCUAUCGCCCAUGUUAUCCCCCCUACAACCGACCACGAGCCCAUCAAGGAACCACCCCUAAAGAAAGCGAAGCGCACCAUCGAUGAAGACGACUACGAUGAUGAUGACGAAGAUGAUGAUGAACCAUCACAAGCGGCCCCAAAGGUCGCUCCAGCUAAUACGUUACUCUCACCAUCCAAAUCAGGGAGCUCGCCUGUUCAUUCGGUGACAUCACCAGGGAAGCACGGUGAUAAAUCCAAAGAACAAGACGGCUCGCAGCCCAAAGACAAAGAUGGCGAAGAUUCUAUCAAGAAAUUGGAGGAGGCUCGUACAGCAACCGAGGCCGCUGCUCGAAGGAGUUUCCACACCAUCUUUCAUACGCUAGAAAAUGACCGCGCGGCUAUGCUCGAACAACAACAACUUGAAGAUUCCGAGAAGCAGCUGCAGGCCGAAAUGGACCACAACCAUCAUCCGAGUAAUAACCAAAAUACCGCCCCCAACCAGGGCACUCUUAGUAGCGCCAAUCUUGGCGCUUCCAGCUUGACAUUGAAACACCUCAUUGCCCGCAUUGACAUGAAACGAGACCAAGUUCGCGCCUCCGAUGCUGAGUUAAGACUUUUGAUGAAUGAGGUUCGCAAGAACAGGAGCAAAUGGGCCAGUGAAGAGAAUGUCAACCAGGAAGAAUUGUAUGAAGCUUUGGAAAAGGUCUUGACAGAGCUCAAGGCGCAUACUGAAUAUUCCACUCCCUUUUUGACAAGAGUCAACAAGAGGGAUGCGCCUGAUUAUUACAACCUCAUCAAAAAUCCCAUGGAUCUCGGUACCAUGACAAAGAAGCUGAAGAGUCUGACUUACAAAUCUAAGGCGGAUUUUGUCGUAGAUCUUAACUUGAUCUGGGAUAACUGCCUUAGAUAUAACCAGGACAUGAAUCACCCCCUGAGACGUAUGGCAAACGGGAUGAGGAAAGAGGCAGAGAAGCUGAUCCCGCUCAUCCCUGAUCUUGUUAUCCGUUCUCGAGCCGAGGUUGAAGCUGAGGAAAGGCGAAAACAGAAUGGUGGGGAAGAUGAUGCAGGCGAGGACUCUGACGACGAGCCCAUUAUGUCUUCACGAGGUCGUAAGGCUGGGGCUAAGGGUACAAGUAAAGCACGGAAGGCGCCAAACGAUCAAAAAGAAGACACACCAGCAAUCGAUCAGAAGCCAAUACUACAAGUAAAUGGGCUCCUGGGAAAGGUUCGUGAGGGCUCGGAAGUGGAUGGAAGUAAUGGCUUCGGAACUCCGCCUAUUGGAGGAUCGACUACACCAAGCGGCCUUAAUGGUCAUUCCGGCAUCGGAAGCAAUGCUGACGCCAUGGAUAUUGAUGGGCCCAGCAUCAAUGGUUUGGCCCUCAACUCAGCAUUUGGCGAAGCUGCCGAGCAGGCCUUCGAAGAUGAAGAGUACAAAGUCUGGAAGCAAACCACUAAGAAGGACCGAGCCCUGGUAGCCAAGGAGAGAUUUCAACUCUUCAAGGACAACAAGUUCAACACGGAAGCCCCUGCUCUAGUCCGAACCAAAGGGGGUAUGCGGCGAUUCUUGAAACGGCAACGGGAAGCAGAAGCAGAGGGCAUCAUCACCCAUGCUCUUGCGAACUCGACAGCUGCGGCCUCCGACGAUUCGGCAACAAAACCAACCGAGACUUUGGCAGAGGAAAUUGAAGAAGAAGCUGCCAAAGUGAUCCCUGAUUAUUACGACACCCUGAGUAACAUUCCUGAUAUUCAUCCGAAACUCCAAUGGAUCGAAGACGGUGAAGGGCAGGUCAUCAAUCAACACGAGGAGUUUCUUCGACUGGUCCCACCUGGGACAUUUGUAGCGCCGCAAGGUCGUUUGACAAAGAAGAUGGACGAAAACAUUCAUCAAAUUCAAGAGACCAGGAAACUUGCGACCAGAAUCUCUGUCAUCAAGCAAAUGCAGGUUCAAACUCAGGUGUACACAAAUCAGUUCCCUAAGUCGAACUCAGAUCCCUUUGUGGAACAAGACAUCGAGCCUCAUUUCAUUGCUGAUGAUGGUCCUGUAAUGGCAGCUGAGGCGUGUCAAGACGCUCUCAAGCGUUCCAUUGCCAAGGUGCUAUACCACACUGGAUUUGAGGAGCUUCAGCCCUCGGCCAUGGAUGCCUUUACUGGAAUUGUCGCCGAUUACUUCCAAAAGCUGGUUCGAACUUUCAACGUAUACAACGAAUCCGAAAAGAAAUCGGUGCCCACGAAUGUCGAAGGACCAAGAUUCCAGCCUAGAUUCACUCCUGAAGAAGUCAUUCUUCACACUUUGGACGAGAACGGCCAUGAUAUUAGCUCACUGGAGCUGUACGCCAAGGAUGACAUUGAUCGACUUGGCGGCAAGUUGGACGGUCUGCAUGAGAGGAUGAAGCUACAUCUCACAGAUCUGUUACGACCUGCUUUAUCGCAAGACGCUGGAGUUGAUGGGGUUGGAGCUUUCAAGGACGGCAGUGAGCAGUUUGUCAGUGGUGACUUUGCUGAGGACCUUGGUGAAGACUUCUUUGGAUUCCGGGCUUUGGGUCUGGAUAAGGAGAUGGGACUUGAUAUGAUCUCAGUACCCUUGCAUCUCCUACAAACCCGAGUCCGAAACAUACACCAGAUGCAGACACAGACAACUGGCGAAGCAGCUACGGAUCUCUUCGAGCCCCUGCCAGUUUCGGAUCCAGUCACCAAGGAGAAUAUCCAGGAGCAAGUUGGGCUGGUCAAGAACUUCUUCCUGGCUAAGCUGCACGCUAAUGGCGAUCAGCCCCUUGUGGAGGACGAAGACCUGCCUACAAAGCAAAAGAAGCCUCGUCCUCGUUUGGGAGCCAGCGGAAAGAUUGUUACUGCUCAAAAGCGUUCUCCUAAGGAGCAACUGGCUCUUGCAAAGAAGAAGAAGAAGAUGGACGCUGCUGCUGCCGAGGCUAAAGCCAACGCCAACGCAUCACCUGAAAAGGGGGCACCCAAUGCCACCCCUGGCAAGAAGAAGUCUAUGACUAGCACGACUGGUCCUGUGCCUAAUCCUGCGGUCCUCGCUUUGGCCCCCAGCAUGGAACGACAAGACAGCAUGCAGAGCCAGGGCAACGCUAGUCAAACCGACAAGGACGAUACAAUCGGUAUGAUGAGCCCGGAAAGCAUUGCUCAGUAG